UCAAUAGUGAAAACGAUGAGGUAGCAACUGCUUCUUUAAAAGACAAGACAAAAUGAAACAAUAUUGAAUAUACCAUCAUGAGUAAACCACAACCUAGUGGCCAAAAAGGCAAGCCCAAACGACUGUCCAUCAGACGAACACGGUCUCCAAACAUCGACACGAGCCGCCAUGAUGGUGGCGAAGGYACAGACACAGCUUUGCCUCCGGCUGCUCGUGAAAGACUGUGGAAUCUCUUUGAACAAAUAGAAAGAGAGUUUGAAAAUGUCUAUAUUGAAAACUUUACGUUGAGAGAAAAGGUUGAGAAAUUGGAGAUGAUCAUUAAUGGAGAGAAAAACAUUGAUGGUGAUGUGUCAUCAGAUGGAGGACUUGCUAAACCUGGCUAUUCCAAGAAACCUUCUGCAAGUCAACUUAUGUCCCAAAAGCUGAAGACAACUUACAAAGCUUCAACUAGUAAGAUUGUAUCCAGUUUCAAAAUUCCCAACCAAGCUACAAGCAUAGAGUGCCACAGGCUCAGRAAUUAUGUUGGCCAUAGAGACGGAGUGUGGGAAGUCACUUAUGCUCGUUAUGGCCCUGCAAUCAUUGCCACGGCCUCAGCAGAUCGUUUAGCAAGAAUUUGGGACGUUGAAACUGGUCARUGCUUACUGAAAUACUUGGGUCACAUUGGAUCAGUAAACUCUGUCAGAUUUCAUCCAACAGAGCCACUUAUCUGUACAGCAUCUGGUGAUGGCACAUGUCAUGUCUGGAGAACAGCUGUCUCAAUACCUGAACCACGUUCACUUCCUGGGUCUGCAGAUGAGGCUGAUGCAGGCCAAAGUGACCAGGAUGAAUUAGAUGGCUUUGAUAAUCAAGAUGGAUCAACUCCUUCAGUACUUAAAGCUGCUACAUUGGAACUUAAAGGCCAUGAAGGAUCCCUCAGCGCAGCAGAUUGGUUUACCACUGGGAAACAAAUAGUAACAGCUUCAUGGGACAGAACAGCCAAACUAUGGGAUGUGGAGACAGCUGAGCAAGCUCAUACUCUUACAGGUCAUGAUCAAGAGUUGACUCACACUUGCACCCAUCCCACUCAACAGCUGAUUGUGACGUCAUCAACAGAUACUACGUUUCGGCUGUGGGACUUUAGAACCCCCUCGAUUCAUUCUGUCAAUGUAUUCCAGGGACACUCUGAAACUGUAAGAUCCACAGCUUUCAGCACAACUAAGGAUAUUGUUGUGAGUGGAAGUGAUGACAGAACAGUUAAGGUUUGGGAUCUGAAAAACAUGCGUUCUCCAUUGACRACAAUAAAUAUUGAUGCUGCCGUAAACAGGUUAUCAGUAUCACCUAUCAAUAACGUCAUUGCCAUUCCGCAUGAUAACAGACACAUUCGUUUGUUUGAUCUUAAUGGUGUGAGGCUGGCAAGGCUACCAAGAAGAAAUGGACAGGGACACCAACGGAUGGUUUGCUGCACAGCGUGGGGAGAUGAAAAUGCAACCAAAGGCUGCAAUCUGUUUUCAUGUGGUUUUGAUAGGAGAGUGCUUGGUUGGCAAGUGAUUGCAACAAAGGAAGAAAAAUAAUUCUUGAAUAUUAAUAUAUAUUUUAGUUUSUCAAGCAAACCCUUUUCUGGUUUUAUUUUGCUCUGGCUUAGUCUCAAAGUUGAACAGUAUCCUUUUCUUUUAGCAUAAAAAUGUUAAAAUUCAUUAAAAUUGCAUGAAUGCAUGAAAAUUUCAAGAGCAGGCUAAUCCAAUGGGCACAGACUGUCUUCUUGGUCUUCCUGUGUUGACCGAGAAGAACUAGUGUUGAGAGUGUUGCAGUCGAGUAGAGUUGCCUACAAAGGUAGCUGGAUACUUGUAAAUCGUUUAAGUUAGUUGAAAGUUUUUGAAUAUUUUACACAGAUUUGAGGCUAAGCUUGAGCAAACCAAAACUGGGAAAUAGAGUAUUGGUAUAAAUUAUUUAUAUAUUAUUGCCAAUGUUGUUGGGUUUGAUAGUACUGCACACAAUGGUAUUAUUAUAUUUCUCAUAYAUCACACAUCACCAGUCCAAUUCAAAGAGUAUGGUAGUCAAAGAGUUCUGCAAAUUUCUUGGUUUAUUCUACCACCAAAACAGGAAGUAAUAUUUUUGUCUGUUACUAGAAAAACCUGGAAUUCCUGCAGUGUUUGCCAAUAAGUUCAAUCAUGACUGUCUGAGUUUUGUCAAUUAACCAUUUCAUGUUGUUAUGAACUAAUGCCAUAUAACAGAUGAGCAACUACUUUUUGAUGAUUUGUGCACUUUUAUGUAUCUUAUAUAUCACCCGCACAUGAAUGGGAGUACCAACACAAAUAUGAAAUAAAAUUAAUAUAAUAUAAAAAAACUAAAUUAUAGCCAGAAAAUUUAGAAAAAUGUAAUUAAUUUAAUUAGCCUUAUCCUGUGGAUGUUGUUUACUUUUCCAUUCACUGAUAGCUUKAAUUCCUGUUACUCUUUUGUUCUAUGUCUCAUUAUUAAAGGAUUUUUUGCAACAGGGUUUAGUGUUUGUACUCUCAUAUGAAAUGCCUUAAAUUUACAAUGAAUAUAUAGCACAAUGUGUAUUUCUAAAAAUAAUUAUUGUUUUAMUAAAAAUGCAAUUCAAUAAAUUUAUACUUUUCACUAUAC